CGUUGUAAAACGUGGAGUUGAGAAGCGUGGGUUUCUCGUAAUCGAAUUUUAUCUAAGUUUCUUUAUAAAAAUCAUCGAAAGAAAGUACCAAAAUGCCUCCUAAAUUUGAUCCAAAUGAAAUAAAGAAAGUAUUUCUGCGAUGCGUUGGUGGUGAAGUAGGAGCUACUUCGUCCCUUGCUCCUAAAAUCGGUCCUCUUGGUUUAUCUCCCAAAAAAGUAGGAGAUGAUAUUGCCAAGGCUACCAGUGAUUGGAAAGGUUUGAAAAUCACCGUUCAGCUGACUAUUCAGAAUAGACAAGCUACAAUCUCAGUUGUGCCAUCUGCUGCUUCCUUGAUAAUUAAAGCUCUGAAAGAGCCACCCAGAGAUCGUAAAAGGCAAAAAAAUAUCAAACAUAGUGGUAAUCUAACGUUUGAUGAUAUUGUUUCCAUUGCACGUGCUAUGAGAUCAAGAUCAAUGUCACGAACACUCGGUGGUACCGUUAAAGAAAUCUUGGGUACAUGCCAGUCAGUGGGAUGUACUGUGGAAGGCAGAUCACCUCAUGACCUUAUAGAUGACAUUAAUGCCGGAGAAUUGGAAGUCCCGGAAGAAUAAUUGUUGAUUUUGUAAGGUGCCGACAAAUAAAAAUAUUUAAAACGGA